ACGAAUCCUAAGCACCACACACUUGUGCGUUAAAUCUGGGUUUAGUUAUUUGGGUUGAUGAGAAAAAAGAAAUUAGUUGAAUGGAGAGAGAGUUGUUUGUUUUUGUAAUAGGGGGUUGCGGUGGUUGAUUGAUAAUGGCAUAUAGGAGAAAGCAGGUUGUAUCAAGGAGUUCGACCUUCAAGGAAGAUAUUAAUAUUAAUGGGCGACAUGAAUUGUUAGAUGAUAAUGAACCAAAUAGCGCUCCUCCAAUUAUCAAUACUAAUUCCCUUGCUGCUCAGGCCAUCAAAGCCUCUGCUUCUCGUCGUCAUCCCUCUCAUUCCUUUGCUUUACUCAAUUCUUCUUCUAAUAAUUCAUCUCUUCAACAUGAUAAUCAUCACAGAUCCAAGAGCUUUGAUUCUUACGGGGAUGCUUCCAAGUCGGGUUUCUGGGGAGUCCUCGCACAGAAAGCUAAAGAAAUUUUGGAGGACGAUCAUGAUCAUGACACCCAAAAACUCAGAUCAUACUCUUUUAAUAUCCCCCCGGGUGCUCGAACUCAGGAUGGUCGUGCAAUUGGUGAGAGUAAGCUAAAAGGAUGUGAAGACUCAAAUCAAUUAAUUUGGAAUCCAUGGCAACAACAAUCCAUGAAUUCUCAUUCGUCUAUCCACGAAACCCAACUAAAGGCAUCUCGCGACGUAAGGUGCCAACUAACUUUUUUUUGGUUUGGCAGUCAGGUCAUGCAUGUGGCAAUGGCAACUGCUGCAAAAGCAAAGUUACUUCUCCGAGAGCUUAAGACGGUGAAAGCAGAUUUAGCUUUCGCUAAAGCACGGUGUGCUCAACUAGAAGAAGAAAAUAAAUUACUUCGUGACAAGGAAGGGCGUGAGAAGGGACAAAACCGUGCAGAUGAUGAUCUGAUCCGGCUUCAGUUGGAGACACUUCUUGCAGAGAAAGCUCGAUUGGCAAGUGAGAAUGAAGUAUAUUCUCGUGAAAAUCGUUUUCUACGGGAAAUUGUGGAAUACCAUCAGCUAACAAUGCAGGAUGUGAUGCAUUUUGACGAAAGCAUGGAAGAAGACACUGAUCUUGAUCUUUAUGGACCCAUUGAUACAACUCAAAAUGGGAAUAUCAUUCCUCUAAUGUUGUCCCCACGCUCCCAAUUAUCAACUCAACAGAUGCAAUCAAAAUCAAUAUUUUCUGUAUCCCAACGACAACAACAUGAUCAGAAUGCAUAAUCACAAGGUGGAGCUUUUCCUACGGAUCAACAUGCAAAAUGAUCCAUCCUUUUCAUUUUUUUUUUUUUUUUUGUGGUGGCACCUUGCAUAUAUUAUGCAUUGUCCAUACCAAUUGAGUUAAGCUCACAAGGACAUCCAUCCUUUUCAUUAAUAUAGCAUAGCCUAAUUAGAAGGGUUUUUUAAUUUCAGUAAUCCUCAUCCUCAAAUUAUCACAUACAUAAUCAAUGCAUGCAUUCAUUGUGAAAUAUACAUUAAUUCAUAGUG